AGGCAGCAGGCUGGGGGCAGGCAGCGAGCAAGCAGGCAGUGAGGGCAGCAGGCAGCCUGGGCUCACUCAGUGACCAUGGUGCCAGCCUCAUGCCCCCGCAGACUGGCCAGGCGCUCCCGUUCUGCCAUCCUGGCAGCGUUAACCGUGCUGCUCAUACAGACCCUCAUUGUGUGGAAUUUUAGUAGUUUGGAUUCUGGGGAUGAACACCGGGGAGGAGGCGGCGGCGGCAACCGGGAGAAGAGGGACCGGGGCACCCACAGAGAUGACUCCCGGGAGCAGCAGCAACAUGCAGCACAGCACAAGGCUCUGGAUGGAUAUUUCUCUCAUCGGCCCAAAGAGAAACUGCGGACAGACAGCAAUAAUGAGAAUUCCGUUCCGAAAGACUUUGAAAAUAUAGACAACAGUAAUUUUGCUCCAAGGACUCAAAGGCAUAAGCCCCAAACUGAACUAAUGAAAAAACCUCUUAUUAAACAGAAAGAACAUUUAAAACGAAAGCUGUCACUGGAGGAAAAAAUGAAGGAAAUGUCUCUGCUAGGAAAAAACUCAAAUGAAGUUUUACAAUAUGCGCGUGUCCAGUCUAAAAAUGUUAGUAAUAUCAGCCUCAAGGAUGCGCAAAGAAACUCUAAAAUUCACUACACCAAGAAAAGUGCUAACAAUUCCCCAGAAAUUAAAUAUGAACUUCCCCCAAAAUGUGAAAUUACGGGCAAGGAGUCAAUAUCAGCGCUUUCUCGGGCUAAGUCAAAGCAGUGUCGCCAAGAAAUCGCAGAAAUGUAUUGCCAACAUAAGCAGGGGAAACUCAUGCCAGAGAAAGUAACACGUCUAUGCCCCCUAGAAGGAAAAGCAAACAACAAUGUGCAAUGGGACGAGGAUUCCAUAGAAUACACAGUGACAAAUCCUGUACGGAUUGCGUUUGUGCUUGUCGUCCACGGAAGAGCAUCGCGACAACUUCAGCGAAUGUUCAAGGCAAUUUAUCACAAGGACCAUUUUUACUACAUUCAUUGUGACAAGAGAUCCAAUUAUUUGCACAGACAGGUGAUCCAGUUUGCCAGCCAGUAUCCCAAUGUGCGCGUCACCCCUUGGCGAAUGUCGACCAUAUGGGGAGGGGCUAGUUUACUCUCCACCUACCUGCAGAGUAUGAGGGAUCUGCUAGAGAUGUCAGACUGGUCUUGGGAUUUCUUCAUCAAUCUAAGCGCUGCCGAUUACCCUGUCAGGACAAAUGACCAGCUGGUAGCAUUUUUAUCCAAAUAUAGAGAUAUGAACUUCCUGAAGUCGCACGGCAGAGACAAUGCAAGGUUUAUCAGAAAACAAGGUCUGGACAGGCUAUUCCUGGAAUGUGACACACACAUGUGGCGUCUUGGUGACCGGAAAAUUCCAGAGGGCAUCACUGUAGAUGGUGGUUCUGACUGGUUCUUACUCAACAGAAAGUUUGUGGAAUAUGUGACAUUCUCCAAUGAUGACCUGGUUACAAAAAUGAAAAGAUUCUAUUCUUACACAUUGCUUCCAGCAGAGUCCUUCUUUCAUACUGUGUUGGAAAACAGCCCUUACUGUGACACCAUGGUUGAUAAUAAUUUGCGAAUCACCAACUGGAACCGCAAAUUAGGCUGCAAGUGCCAAUACAAACACAUCGUAGACUGGUGCGGCUGUUCUCCCAAUGACUUCAAACCAUCUGACUUCCACAGGUUUCAGCAAACUGCAAGACCAACCUUUUUUGCUCGCAAAUUCGAAGCUGCUGUAAACCAAGAAAUAAUUGGCCAGUUAGAUUAUUAUUUGUACGGUAAUUACCCAUCUGGCACGCCAGGGUUACGUUCAUACUGGGAGAAUCAGUACGAUGAACCAGACGGAAUUCACAGCAUUAGCGACGUCGCUCUCACAAUGUAUCACUCAUUUGCACGCAUGGGACUACAAAGAGCAGAGGCUUCGCUACACACGGACGGAGAAAACAGUUGCCGGUAUUAUCCCAUGGGUCACCCCGUGUCAGUCCAUCUGUAUUUCCUCGCUGAUCGUUUUCAGGGAUUUGUCAUUAAACACCACGCUACUAAUCUUGCAGUCAGUAAGCUAGAGACGCUGGAGACCUGGGUAAUGCCGAAAAAAGUUUUUAAGAUUGCAAAUCCCACAAGUGAUUUUGGAAGGUUGCAGUUUUCUGAGGUUGGCACUGAGUGGGAUGCCAAAGAGAGAAUAUUCCGGAACUUUGGGGGCCUAAUGGGGCCAAUGGAUGAGCCCAUUGCUAUGCAGAAAUGGGGUAAAGGCCCCAACAUUACUGUCACCGUGGUAUGGAUUGAUCCCAUUAAUGUCAUUGCUGCCACAUAUGACAUUUUAAUUGAAUCCACCGCUGAGUAUACACAUUACAAACCACCCCUUAACGUGCCACUCCGACCAGGAGUCUGGACCAUUCGCAUUCUACACCAUUGGGUCGCUGUUGCCGAAACCAGAUUCCUAGUUACACCGUUAACCUUUUCUAAUAGGCAACCAAUUAAAAACGAGGAACUGGCAAAGUUUCAUGGUGGACCCCCAAAAAACGCUUACAUGGAACAGAGUUUCCAAGGCCUGAAUCCAAUUUUAAAUAUACCCAUUAACACAGUGCUAGCUGAGCAUGCAAAGAAGAACGCUGCUCUUUCAGGAACAAAUUUAGAGAAAUGGGUAGAUAGUCUGGCAAGCAACAUGUGGUCAGCAGUGGACAUAUGCACCACAGGACUAUCGUCCUGCCCUGUGAUGCAGGCAUGUGCCCAAACAGCUUGGAGUUCUUUAAGCCCAGACCCAAAGUCAGAGCUAGGUCUUAUUAAAUAUGAUGGACGUCUGAGGUAGCAUCUGGUACACCCUUCUAGGCUUGGGUUUUUAAAGGGAUUUCAAGUUCAACUCAUUGUUAUACCAAUCCAAACAACCAAAUUUUUGGUCUAAUGAAAGGGUUUUUGGGUAUUCAAAAGAGAUAAGUUAUCAAAUUGUUGUUGCCAUUUGGCUUUGAAGUGGGGUAUCUUAAGCACUCCUUCCAAACUGCCAUUGUAGGCUUUUUGUUCUGAUUGAUAGCACUUCCCUACAAAUGGCUGCACACAAUACCCCGUACUUACAUUGACCAAGGGCUCAGAUAAACCAGUAUUUCCCAUUUAAUGACUCAUAACCCACCCCCCUCCUCCUUUUUUGCACAAAUGUAUUCUAUUUUUCUACUUUCAUGUAUUGUAUUGGUGUCCAUGUUAAUCAGUUAUAAGAAAAGUCUUAAAAAUAAGUAAAAAAAAAAUGUGGUUUUUAACAGUAA